AUGUUGCCGCUUCAGUCUCUUCUCAAUCCUGCCUCUCCCAAAUCAAGCCCUCGUUGCUCAUAUCAACCGACUCCUGCAUUGGUCUCUGCCUCGGCCACGGUGAGACCAGCGGCUUCCAGGAGCAGAAUGGAUGCCAGGAAGCCGGUUCGCCGAAGCGGCCGCUCGCUACUCAAGUCUAGAACUCAGGGUCCCGUUCGAUUUCCGCCGUUCGAAGAUGUCAGCGCUCAAGCCAUGCAGGAAAUCGCAACUUAUCAAAUCAGCGCGUUCGGUCAGAUACAGCAGUGCAGCGAGCACAUUCCAUACAAUAGUACGAAGAAAAACUUUUACGAAAAGACUGGUCGGGAAGGUAUUGAAGCUAAGAAAAGCCCACAGCUUUCAAGUACGAGUUCCGGGUCCCAGGACAACAAGCCAUCUUCAAGGUCAUGUGGGACUACAACAUUGGCCUCGUCCGCAUGA